AUGUCUGGCCUCAAUAAACCUACAGAUACAACUACAACCACUUCACAGAAGAGAAAGAAGGCGCCGAAGUGCAUCUGGACAGAAAGCGACACCAAAAAAUUGGUUGAACUUGCUGAGGAGCAUGUUGGCCUGCUUGGAGAGGGUGGGGGGUAUAAGCCUCAGUUCUAUAACAUGGCUGAGGGCAUUCUGGCUCCUUUAACAACAAAAGGAGCCACCAAAACAGCCGACUCAAUCCGUAACAAAUGGUUCAGUCUAAAGAAGGAACUUAGUUGUGUAGAUCAGUUGAUGAACACUUCCGGGCUUGGAUUUGACGUACAAUGUGGACUGAAGAUUACUAAUGCAAACAGGCACAUUUGGGAUGCUUUCCUCAAAAGCAAGUCGAAAGAUGUUAAGUCAACCUACAACCGGUUAGCUUCGGAUGGGUGGAGGUGGUAUAACUCGAUCACAGCUAUUCUACCAAGCCGGGCAAAAGGGACUCACAUUUUCCGUGCAUCUCAAGCACAAUCUGCAAAGAUCAGUUCAGCGAGUAAAGACAGGAUGGAUGUGGAUGCUGAAGGCAAUGAUGGAGGGGAGGAUGGAGAGGAUGAGGAUGGAGAGGACAAAGGUGAUGAAGAGGGUGCGGAAAGAGAGGCAAUUGAAACAGAGGCGGUUGUUAGCGCCAGAAAAGACAAGGGAAAGAGUGGGAGUGAAUCCGGCACCUUGUAUGUGUCAUCUAUCCACUCCAAACCUACUAGCGCAUCUGUCAGCAUCACGUCCUCCGGAAAACGCAAGUAUUCAGCCAUUGAUAGUACCUCUGUAAUCUCUGCCACCCCAGGCAAAGCCCCACAUUCUUCUGGCGCCGCUGCAAUCAAUGGUGUGAAGGAACAGAUGCAGAGGAUGGCGGAUAACAAGGAACAGCGCGAUACCAAGCGCGAUGACUUCAGGUACCGUUUCCUGAACAUUGUAGAGAGUGCUUUCACUGGCAGUGUAUCCGGUGGUGGAUCUUCAAACAUUGCUUCGUCUUUGUCUUCUCGACACAUUGAGCCUUUGAACACAAGGAGUCAGGCCAUUAGAAUGGCUGGGCAGAUUGAGACACAGCUCAAUGACAAGCAAAAAGUUGCAUUCAUUGAUAUGCUCCGUGCAGAUAAUGUGCUGAUAGGCGAUUACCUCGAUAUGGCCACACAGGACAAAAAUCUUCGCAUAAUGUGGGUGGAUAAGCUGUUGAAGGACUUUGCUGCGUUUCCGUCCAACUAG